UCAAAUAGCUAUUUUAUUUCCCAAUGUAUCUGACAUCAUUUAAUAUUAUUUCCCAUUACAAUUUCCACGUUUGGUUUGCGCCACAUGUGGUUCAAGGCGAAAACAUUUGACGUUGCAAAGACCGCGCAUCAGGGGGAACACCCGUGCAGGGAGCACCUUACCUGCCCGCAAAGGUGCGGCCGCCGGAGCUGAAAAGUGAAAUGGGUUGUUGAGGCUUUCCAUAGGUAAGUUUUGAAUUCGGUACACUAAGUAUAAAUUCUGACACUAAUGCAGACCAUGGCAGUACAACACAGUAGAACACAACCUGAGAUAUUGAUACAGCCGUGCGCAGUUGUGUCGUUUGAAUUUUUAGCAAAGCUUCCAUAAGAACAUCAGAAUGAAGGCAAUCUUAAGUGUGUGUACUUUUUUGGUGCUUAUUCUGCAUCUGACCCAAGGCUGUCCUUGGACGCAGCAUAAAUUUCAGCAGUAUAGCAGGACAUGUCUGACUUUGCUGGAAGAGAUGGGUGAAAAGAUAGUUGAUGACAGCGUAGGAGUCCAUUUUCCUGAGGAGUUGUACAAACUUGCAAGGAAGUCACAGCCCCAAAGGCUCACCUGGUUCAUAUCCCAGGUCCUGGAUGAGGUGUCCCAGCUCCUGGAGGAGGAUCUGGUCACGGUGGCCUGGGACGAGAAGAAGAUGAAGGACUUCAUGAGCACCCUGAACACACAACUGGAGGGCACUGAGUCAUGUGUCGUGUCUAAGAUGAAGAAGAGCAAGAGACUGAACCUGUACUUCAAGAAGCUGAGAAAUGAAACACUGGGGAAAAUGGAGGACGAGGCCCAGGCUUGGGAGCUGAUCAGGAAGGAGGUGCACAAGCAUCUGAAGUGGGUCGACCUUUUGGCCAGCACACGCCUGUAGUCUAAACACCCAGGCUUACCACAGCGGUGGGAAACCAUACUGAAGACGCGUUAGGACUAAUAAUAUAUUCAGAGCUUUUUAGCCUAAAAUGAUUCUGCAAUAAAUUGUAAGAGCUUUUGCUUUUACAUAUGAGAUGGUCAAGUUUACAUUCAUCAGGUGUUAAAAAAUAUUUAUUUUUGACGAACAAAGUUUAACUUAUUUUUUUUAAAUUCAGUUUUUAAUAUCAGACUAAUGAUGCUCUGUGAAAUGUGUUAUUUAUUUUAUAAUAAUGUUACAUUUAUUUAUUUGUUAUAUUGUGAUUUUAUUUAUUAAUGCAUAUAUUUAUUGUACACUGUAACAGCACACAUUGAU